AGCCCCGGGCAGCGGCGGGAUUCCCUUCCCAUAGUGAAUUUUAGGGGUGGCCCCAGGGCGCCUCCCCAGCAGCUGGUGUUGCCUUAUAAGGCGGGCCGGGCGGCGCCGGGGGAGUGGCUGUGGCUGCUCGGCCCCCACCCGACCCGGCGAACUGCGGGGACCCGCCACCCAGCCUAGCGCAGCAGCCGCCGAACCCAGGAGUGCGCGCAGCCGGCCAUGGGCAAGUCAGCUUCCAAGCAGUUUAAUAAUGAGGUCCUGAAGGCCCACAACGAGUACCGGGCACAGCACGGUGUGCCUCCAUUGAAGCUCUGCAAGAAACUCAACCAAGAAGCUCAGCAGUAUUCUGAGGCCUUGGCCAGCACAAGGAUCCUCAAGCACAGUCCAGAGUCCAGUCGUGGCCAGUGUGGAGAGAACCUGGCGUGGGCUUCCUAUGAUCAGACAGGAAAGGAGGUGGCUGAUAGGUGGUAUAGUGAGAUCAAGAACUACAACUUCCAGCAGCCUGGCUUCACCUCAGGAACUGGACACUUCACGGCCAUGGUCUGGAAGAAUACGAAGAAGAUGGGGGUGGGAAAGGCAUCUGCAAGUGAUGGGUCCUCUUUCGUGGUGGCCAGAUACUUCCCAGCAGGAAACGUUGUCAACCAGGGUUUCUUCGAAGAAAACGUCCUGCCUCCGAAGAAAUAGCUUUUCACAUGUGACGGGAAGGUGGAGACGUAAGAGUGUGUAUAUGAAAUGCCUAGAACAACAAAAACCAGCUGUGUGUCAGCCACAACUGUGUGUAAUCCUGUGCACACAUGUGAUUAGACAGCUGUACACCAACUCAUUCUACAGGGUGAGCAUCCUAAGCAUUUAUCCAGAUGACUUAGACCACAAUUCAUUAGAUUUGGGUGGGAUCAAAUCUUCAAAUCUUUCCUGUUAUUUUUUAAAGCAGACUUCUUCUGUACCUUUCUUAUUCUAAUAUCCAUUUUUGGACUUUGUAUAUUCUAAAUAUUUUGAUGCUGAGAUAUGAAAGUGGUUUUAUGUGGUCUUCCUGAAUCAUAAUCUACUUUGGGUAGAUAGCAAAGAAUAUUAAGCCUUCAUUAAUGUGACAUAAAGCAUCUUGCCUGGGAAACACGGGCCAGCCAGGGCUCCAUUUCGCAGAUCACUGAGAUGUCUCAGUUGGAAGACAUGAAGUCACCCAGCAUCCUCCGGGAUUCCCUAAUAAAAUUGCCAAAGAGUAAACGGAGGGAAAAGCUUUACUUUCUUACAGUUUUCAACCUCUAAAGAGCAAAUACCACAACCGCCACCACCUCUUACCCCCUCACACGUAUUUUUUUAAAUUGCUUCCAAAUUUUAGAGCUCACUUGCUAUCCCUGGCUCUGGGGGUUGGGGGCCUAGGCCUGGAAUGUACCCUUGCCCCUACUUGCAGCUAGAUGGCCCUUCACACUGCCUGGGCUCUUGGCCAAAGCCCUGGACGAUGAAGUCAGUGGUGGAGGGGUGAGGGUGAGCUCACUUCAGGGCCCUGGAAGAAGACCCGUAGCCUCUGUCCUUCCCCCACCCAGGCAGUGGCCACCCAGGCCUGUUCCUGGCAGCUGUGGCUGCAGCUGUGUGACUGCUCCCUCCUGGAAUGUGUGACAAGCCCAAAAGCUCCAGGGAGGAGUCCCAAGCAGGGGGCUGAGAAACGUUCAUCUGAUUCUGUACCUUGCAUCAAACUAUACACAGUUCCUCCUGAAUAACUGUUUAACCAUGUCCACGUGGGAGAGACCAACCCGAAUGCCCAGUUGAGUGCCCCUGAAACCAUGGCAUCUCCAUCUCUCAAGAUAGGGGCCCAGGGAAGCUGUUGUUGGCCUGAGGACAAGAGCCUUGGCGUAUCUUUGUUGCACUGUGAAUGGUCUCUCUCUGUGCCACUUAGUCAUCCAGGGAUAUUGACUAAUAAGACAAUAAAAUCUUUUCCUUUGUGUAAUAA